CCACAGUGAAGUACCACAAGCUUGAGCGAUAGACUACGUAGUCCACAAUGGCUACAUCAAUCAACGCCCUGCUCUGUUUCUUCCUCUUCCUCCUCCCUCUCUCCGCCAACGCCGCCACCUUCCAGAUCGUCAACAGCUGCUCUUUCACCGUUUGGGCCGCAUGGGCCACCACCGGCCCCCAGACAGGCAGCGGUAACCAGCUGAACCCGGGACAGUCGUGGACCAUCAACAUCAACGCCGGCUCCACUGGCGGCCGCAUAUGGGCCCGCACUGGGUGCUCCUCCGACGGCAGAGGCUGCCAGACUGGCGACUGCGGGAUGCUGCAGUGCCAGGGCUACGGCCGGGCGCCCAACACCCUCGCCGAGUUCUCCCUCAACCAGUUCAACAACCUCGACUUCAUCGACAUCUCCAACGUGGCCGGCUACAACGUGGGGAUAGACUUCAGCCCCACCACCGGCGGGUGCCGAGGGAUCCGGUGCGCCGCCAACAUCGUGGGGGAGUGCCCGGCGCAGCUGAGGGCGCCGGGGGGCUGCAACGACCCCUGCACCGUGUUCGGGACGCAGCAGUACUGCUGCAACAAUGGGCCUUGCGGGCCCACGGAUUUUUCAAGGUUCUUCAAGACGCGCUGCCCGGACGCCUACAGCUACCCGCAGGACGAUCAGACCAGCACGUUUACCUGCCCUGGCGGCACCAACUACAGAGUCACCUUCUGCCCUUGAUCGACAUGAUGCAUGAGUAUAUAUAUAUAAAAGACAAUAAGAUUUUCAAGGAUCUAAUUCGACACGUUUCUAUCGUCAUGGAGAAGAACACAGACUGUGCUAAAAUAACGGCGUGAGGUAUAUAUGUUCACGCUUGUACUUGUAUCCAUCAAGAAAUAAUCAUUAUAUCGCCAUAAAUAUCAUAUCAAUAAAUAAA